UGGGUCAUCGUUGGGUCAUGGUUGGUCAUGGUUGGGUCAUGGUUGGGUUAUUGGGUCAUGGAUGGGUCAUGGUUGGGUCAUUGGUCAUGGUUGGGUCAUGGUUGGGUCAUGGUUGGGCCAUUGGUCAUCAUUGGGUCAUCAUUGGGUCAUGGUUGGUCAUUGUUGGGUCAUGGUUGGGUCAUGGUGGGGCUUGGGGUCAUCAUUGGGUCAUGGUUGGGUCAUUGUUGGUCAUCGUUGGGUCAUUCAUGGGUCACUGGGUCAUCGUUGGGUCAUUGUUGGGUCAUCAUUGGGUCAUGGCUGGGUCAUUGUUGGUCAUUGAUGGGUCAUCGUUGGGUCAUGGUUGGUCAUGGUUGGGUCAUGGUGGGGCUUGGGGUCAUCACUGGGUCAUGGUUGGGUCAUCGUUGGUCAUUGUUGGGUCAUGGUUGGGUCAUGCAUGGGUCAUUGGGUCAUGGUCAUUGGUCACCGUUGGGUCAUUGUUGGUCACUGUUGGGUCAUCGUUGGGUCAUGGUGGGGCUUGGGGUCAUCACUGGGUCACUGGGUCGUGGUUGGGUCAUUGGGUCAUGGUCAUUGGUCAUGGCUGGCCAUUGGUCAUCGUUGGGUCAUCGUUGGGUCAUCGUUGGUCACUGUUGGGACAUUGCCAUGGGCACUGCUGAUCUCUGGUCACUGGUCAGUCAGUGGUCACUCCGGUGGUCACUGGUCACUCUGUGGUCACUGGUCAGUCACUGGUCAGUCAAUGGUCAGUCAAUGGUCACUGGUUACUGGUCACUGGUCAGUCACUGGUCACUCUGUGGUCACUCUGUGGUCACUGGUCACUCCGGUGGUCACUGGUCAGUCACUGGUCACUGGUCAGUCACUGGUCACUCUGUGGUCACUCUGUGGUCACUCUGUGGUCACUCUGUGGUCACUCUUUGGUCACUCCGGUGGUCACUCUGUGGUCACUCUGUGGUCACUCUGUGGUCACUCUGCAGGCCGGAUCACCUCAACAGCCACGUCCGGCAGGUUCACUCCACCGAGCGGCCCUUCAAGUGCCAG